UCGCGCAUUCGCCCGCGCGACAUUCAGCAGCGCGCACGCGUAGCACGCGCGAAUUUCGAAACGAAAAUGAUGCUCGCCGGAGCAGAAAUUGUCGACAAGAGUGUCGCGUUCAGUUCUGAUGGUGUGGUGCUGCCAGCUCCUGCCCCGGCAGCUCCUGCCACUGCCGCUCCUGCCAUGGCAGUAGCAAUGCCCCAGGCUGCCCCGCAAGGGCUCUCAAGGGUGCCGGCGCGGGAAGCUGUGGAUAUGCACUUCAGUAACAUAACGUGUACUGUGAAACUUGGAAUUAAUAAAGGAUACAAAGAGAUUCUCCAUGGCGUCCACGGGCGCCUCCGGCCGCGGCAGCUGGUGGCCAUCAUGGGGCCUUCAGGCGCCGGCAAGUCUACAUUACUGGACGUUCUGUCCGGCUACAGGGUUACUGGGGUUGGAGGAGCGGUGUUCCUUAACGGCAGGGGCAGGAUCAUGAAGCAAUUCAAGAAGAUGUCGUGCUACAUCCAGCAGGACGACCGGCUACAGGGGCUACUUACCGUCGGCGAAAAUAUGUCCAUGGCUGCCAACCUCAAACUACCCACCAAGAUGGAUGCCUACGAGAAGGGGGAGAUCAUAGAAAAUAUUCUCACCAACCUCGGCCUCUACGAACACUCCAAUACCCGCGCAGCACAGUUAUCUGGUGGACAGAAAAAGAGGCUCAGCAUAGCUCUGGAGCUUAUUAACAACCCUCUUAUUAUGUUCCUCGAUGAGCCCACUACAGGCCUCGACAGUUCCUCGUGCACACAAGUAGUCCAGCUCUGCAGCAGUCUCGCCCGGCAAGGCCGAACGAUCAUCUGCACCGUUCACCAGCCUUCGGCCUCGCUCUUCGCGCUGUUCGACCAAGUAUAUGUGCUGGCCGCCGGACAGUGCCUCUACCAGGGCACCACGCAGAACCUGGUACCAUACUUGGAGCAGACGGGCGUACCGUGCCCCAUCUACCACAACCCUGCUGAUUAUGUAAUCGAGCUAGCAUGCGGAGAAUAUGGCGAAGACAAAAUCCAACUCCUAACAACCAAAUCAGAGAACGGGCGAGCACUUAACUGGUUCGACAACCCCGAGUCCAUCCCCAGCAUGGAGGCUCUGAGGAAGCAGUUCCCCUUGAGCGUGCUCAAGGCCCAGGAUAGGGGGUCCAGCAAUGAGGAGACGCCGCAGUCCAACCAGAGAUCUGUGCUGAUCAGGACAGGGUUCCUUAAGGCCAAACGAGAUGCUACCAUGACCCACAUCCGCGUCCUGGUGAAUAUCCUGGUCGGCAUAAUGCUGGGGAGCCUCUUCAUCAACGCGGGCAACGAAGGUUCCAGGGUGUUGGAGAACUAUAACCUGCUGUUCGCCAUACUGAUGCAUCAUAUGAUGUCGCCGAUGAUGCUGACUAUUCUUACAUUCCCCUCAGAAAUGUCGAUCCUGUCCAAGGAGCACUUCAACAGAUGGUACUCCUUGGGAUCCUACUACAUUUCCAUAACUCUCGUCGACUUGCCUGUAUCUAUAGUAUCAUGCUUCGUGUUCAGCGUGAUAGUCUACAUUAUGUCUUCGCAGCCGCUAGAGCUGACCCGGUUCGCUAUGUUCUUCGCGAUAUCAAUGUACACCGUCCUGGUGGCGCAGAGCUUCGGACUCAUGAUCGGAGCAGUCUUCAACGUAGUGAACGGCACAUUCCUGGGCCCGUCGCUCUCCGUCCCCAUGAUGAUGUUCGCCGGUUUCGGUGUGACGCUGCGAGACCUGCCCUCCUACCUGUACUGGGGAUCCUAUGUGUCCUACCUGCGCUAUGGGCUGGAAGGAUUGAUCAAUGCCAUCUACGGGAUGAAUAGGCCCGUACUCGCUUGUGAGGAUGAACUAUACUGCCAUUACAAAUAUCCCAGCAAGUUUUUGAAGGAGAUUGCGAUGCGAUCGGACAUGUUCUGGUGGGACAUCCUCGCGCUGACCGUCAACGUUGUUGUCUUAAGAAUACUGGCCUUCUUAUUACUCAAAUGGAAACUGAAUGCAGUGCGAUAAAUUUUUGUACGGAAUUUUUGUGUAAAUUGGUUGGGUAGUAGUUGAACCAGUCUAGCUCUAAAUUGUGUGACAAAGUGACAAUUAUUUAAUAUUUAGUCAAGUAAUAUUGCCUUAAAGAACUAGUAGCAAAUAGCUGUCUUAGAUACAUAUUUAUAACAAGUUAAUUUGUUCAUUUUGUGUUAUAUAAAAAAGUAACACAAAAGACCGCGGCCGGCAAAACGUCCCACUUCGUUGCUUGCCAUAAGGAUAAGAUUUGCUUAUAUCUUUAUACGAAUAACCUGAAAAGGCGUCCUUAUGGCAAGUGACAAAGUGGGACGUUUUGCCGGCCGUGAUCACAAAUAAUCUAUUGCUAAUGAAGCUGAAGCUUCUUGGUAAAAACAUUCCAUAAUAUUAAUAAAAAAAAAAAACAAACAAAUUUUUAUUUAAGAUUUAUUCCAAUGGAAAAUGUGAUGGUUAGAUUUUUAAUCUGUGAUAUUAUUCCAUGAUGUUUUUUUGGUUCUACUUCGUUAAGAAUGGACGCUUACACAAGGAAUUUCGUACAUAGACCCUCCUGAUUAUAUCUCUGUCGCAAUUGAGUAAUUAUAUUGGUGUCCCACUCAUGAUAUCAUGGUGUCCCACUCAUAAAGAGAAAAAAAAAUGAUGCCGGCGGCCAAGGACACUGUGCGAGCGGGACAAUGAAAUGCGCGUGCGAUAGAGAAAGGAACAAGCGGGUCAAUUUACGAAAUUCCUUGUGCAAGCGUCCUUUCUUUAGUUUCGUGUCAAACCCAUGAAAUGUCUACUACAAUAAUAAAAUUGUCUCUUUGAUUAGUCGUAAAAAGACAAUAGAUGUCUUGAAGCGUCUAUGUUGUACAAUGUCAUUUUACAUUGACAUUUAACAGUCUCGAUAUGUUGACAUUUACCGACUUUAACAAAAAAUGACUUAAAAUUAAAUUUAUUUUUUACAUACAUAAUGCCCAAGGAUUAGGGUUAGGUAACUAUAUAGUUCGCUAGAGCAUGACCAAGAUAUAACUAUUCAUAGCAUGCAGUGCUAAUGUUAUUUAUAAGACAAAGUUUCAUAAAAAAAUUACGUUUAAAAUAACUGCAGACUUGUCUUGGUCUGACUCUAUGAAAGUACUUGCCUAAAAUAUACUUCCAAAGAUUAAGGGGUAAUUUUAUUUAUACCUGUUUUACUAUUAAGUGUAUAUUGUUGAAAAGACUUGAGGCUCAGGUCACAAUACAGGGUGUAAAUUCAAUACGGGCUAACAUUUAAACAGUGCUUAGAAGUAUUAGAACAAAUUGAAUUAUUUUCAGAUUUUUUUUAAUUUGUUUAUAUUUGAAGUAGAAACACUACUAUAUAAAUUAUAAACUUAAAAUAAAUGUCAUAUACUAAGAAAAAGUGACCAAGGCCUCCAGUGCCCCAGGCUGAGCAAGUGCAAGACGGUGCAAGUGCUAUUUUAAACGUCAAACUUCUAUGAUAUUAUGACGUUUACUUAACACUUGCACAGGCUGGCCUAUCAAUAUCGCUGCCAACUUAUUUCGGUUUGACUGUAAUUAAUGAUUCUAUAUCUGGUUUAAUUUAUCGCCCGUAUUCGAUUUACACACUGUAUACGCUUAGGUAUAUUUGAUUAGUUUUACUUAAUGUUAUACGUGACGAAACCUGUUAAUUAAGUAGUAAUAAUUUUGGAGCGCCUCUAAAUAUACAAAAAAAAACUGUAGUUUUGUUUAGACGUUAAGAGUCUCACGAAUACUCCGCCAUAAAGCCGCUCCCAAUACAAUCGAAGUUACUCUCUCAUCUCAAUAGCACAGUCGCCCUCAGAUAUAUCAUAUCAGCUGAGGUGCCUACAAAUAUCUGAACACGCCUCUAUUGUCAAGGCGUUAGAGUGCGUGUUCAGAUAUUUUAGAGCACCUCGGUCGCUCCGAUACAAGUCGAAAUAACAUGAAACUUGCCAUGAACAUUUUGAAGUCCACAGGAAGCUCGGCCGAAUUUCACCUUCCCAUACAAACUGAGUUUUAUUGUCAUUUUAAAAUUACUUGUUUGAUUGUAAUGAAACUUUGCACAUACAAUGACUUGAAGUAAAUCUAGGACUUUUUUUUUAUGUAAUAGCAGCCUGAUGGGAAGCAGUCAUCGCCGCCCAUGGACAUAAGCAACAUCGGAGGAGCCACUUAUGCGUUGCCAACCUUUGAGAACCCUAAAAACCUGCUUCUUGAAGAACCCCAUGUCAUAGCGCAAGGGAAACACCUCAGAAGGUAGCUCAUUCCACAACUUGCACGUUCUGGGAAAAAACGAGCGAGAUGCCCGCUUGUUCUUGGUUUGCGAGAAAGUGAGGAUGAACUUUGUUUCUUUGGCGGGAUGUGCGGUGAUAAAAACGUGACGGUGGCACCAAUUCAAAAAGUUCUUCAGAACAUUCCCCAUUGUACAGACGGUAGAACAGGCAUAGAGAGCCAACGUCUCUCCGAAGACUGAGGGGUUCCAAACCGACUGUGAGAUCGGGGUCACCAACAAUACGAACUGCCCGACGUUGGAUGGACUUAAAUUAGUUUAUAUAGCUCCACCUUAUAAAACAAAUGAAAUAAAGCAAAAUCAACGCCGGUGUGAGCGGCGAGUCGAGAGGUUUCUGCCCGCUUUCUGCCCAGUGGCUGAUAAUAGCCACUGUGCCAGCUCGCGUCUUAUGCAUAUUUCACUUCCAUCCCUAGAGCAAAUAGCUCUAACGCCUCUGGCCAACGAAGGCAAGCCAGAGUUGUGAGUCCUGCACCCUCCCUUUGGGGUCCACUCCAACCGGCGAAGACACGCUGGAGACGGAGACCCUGACCGACUCUUAUUUAUUAUUUAUUUUGGGUCUUAGUUUAUGUUUUUUACAAUAUGAAUAUAAAAACACAUUGUAAAAAACCUAAACUUAGGGUGUCGCCAGCAGCGGGGUAGGGCCCAAGCUGCCGGUGGUCAGGGCCGCAGAGAGAGGAACCGGCGGACUAUCCGCGCCGUGUCCAAGAUGCCUUCUGCAUCUGACCCUUGAUCCAACCACCUAGCGAGAGUCUCUCAAGGUGUUGGUAUCUGUCUAUUAUUUAUUAUUAUUUCUGUAAGUCGUUUUAAAAUGAGAGUAACAUUAUGGUUGCGACUAAGUUCGUGUAACUCUUAAAUACGUAGCUCGUAUGUGGUUAGUAUUUUUAGGUAGUUUUCCAAGUUUAUGUUUUACAUAAUUCAAUUGUACCUACAUCGUCUGUAGGAAUAAUGUAUGCACACGUCUGUGCUUAUUUUAUAUAUUUUGUUCUAAAUUAUACAGGCGGUUUUAGUUGCUCAGUAUAUAGGUCAUAUUGAGCAACUUUUACUUGGGAACCAGCCCCGAAAUCGCGAAAAAAAAUUGGGUUUUCAUACAUAUUGAACGGACUGAUGUUGAUAUUUUGUAUGGGAGAGUCCAUUUUUUGCGAUUUUGUUGAAAAUUUGACCUAUAUAUUCACGCCGUAAAUUAUUGCAGGUGAUUAAAAAAAACCUGUAGAUAUAUUAUCUGCUCAAUUAUAUUAUUUAUUAUUGUAUAGGUUAAAUAUUUAUAAUAAGGGAACUUGACAAGACAUUUUUAUUAUAACUUUUGUACAAAAAUACGUUUACUGGUAAUUUUUUAUGAUUAUUAAUAAAUAUUUUAAAAUCAUAAA